AGGUGGCCCAGGCAAAUAGUGUCGUCCAUUGGCCUGUGUCGUUAUGGUGGGAGGAUCGACUGCUGCUGGGGCUGGGCCCGCCAGUCCUGGGGACACUGUCAGCCUGUGUGCCAACCACAGUGCAAACACGGUGAAUGUAUCGGACCAAACAAGUGCAAGUGUCAUCCUGGAUAUGCCGGCAAAACCUGCAAUCAAGACGAGCACUCCUACCCAACUCCUCUUGACCAAGGCAGUGAGCAGCCUCUUUUCCAACCCCUGGAUCAGCAAGCCACAAGUUUACCUUCAAGGGAUCUGAAUGAGUGUGGCCUGAAGCCGCGGCCCUGCAAGCACAGGUGUAUGAACACUUACGGCAGCUACAAGUGCUACUGUCUCAACGGGUACAUGCUGAUGCCGGAUGGGUCCUGCUCAAGUGGCCUGACGUGCUCCAUGGCAAACUGUCAGUAUGGCUGUGAUGUUAUCAAAGGACAGGUACGGUGCCAGUGCCCCUCUCCUGGCCUCCAGCUGGCUCCGGAUGGGAGGACCUGUGUGGAUGUUGAUGAAUGUGCUACUGGAAGAGUUUCCUGCCCUAGAUUUAGGCAGUGUGUCAACACUUUUGGGAGUUAUAUCUGCAAGUGCCAUAAAGGCUUCGACCUCAUGUACAUUGGAGGCAAAUACCAAUGUCACGAUAUAGAUGAGUGCUCCCUGGGUCAGUAUCAGUGCAGCAGCUUUGCUCACUGUUUCAACGUACAUGGGUCCUACAAGUGCAAAUGUAAAGAUGGAUACCACGGCGACGGACUGAGCUGCGUGUAUAUUCCAAAAGUCAUGAUUGAACCUUCAGGUCCAAUUCAUACACCACAGGGAAAUGGUACCAUUUCAAAGGGUGAUGGAGGACACGGUAAUUGGAUUCCUGAUGUCGGAAGUACUAGGUGGCCUCUGAGGACACCACAUAUUCCUCCUGUUGUUACCAACAGGCCGACUUCUAAGCCAACAACAAGACCUACACCAAAGCCAACAACGUGGCCUGCCACACCUCCACCCCCACCGCCUCCCACAGAACUCAGAAGGCCUCUACCACCACCAACGCAGGAAAGACCAAUCAUCAGACUGACCACUAUAGCACCAGCUGCUACCACAUCUCCAAGAGAGAUUACAGUUGACAACAGGAUACAGACAGAUCCUCAGAAGCCCAGAGGAGAUGUGUUCAUUCCACGGCAUCCUUCAAAUGAUUUGUUUGAAAUAUUUGAAAUUGAAAGAGGAGUCAGUGCAGAUGAUGAAGCAAAGGAUGAUCCAGGUGUCCUGAUACAUAGUUGCAGUUUUGACCAUGGGCUUUGCGGAUGGAUCAGGGAGAAAGACAGUGACUUGCACUGGGAACCAGUGAGGGACCCAGCAGGUGGACAGUACCUGGCAGUCUCCGCAGCCAAGGGCCCCGGGGGGAAAGCCGCUCGCCUGGUGCUGCCCCUGGGCCACCUCAUGCAGUCAGGGGACCUGUGCCUGUCGUUCAGGCACAGGGUCACUGGGCUGCACUCCGGCGCACUCCAGGUGUUUGUGAGAAAACAGGGGGCCCACGGAGCAGCCCUGUGGGGAAGAAAUGGUGGCCAUGGCUGGAGGCAAACACAGAUCACCCUGCGAGGGGCUGACAUCAAGAGCGUCAUCUUCAAAGGUGAAAAGAGGCGUGGCCACACUGGGGAGAUUGGAUUGGAUGACGUGAGCUUGAAAAGAGGCCACUGCUAUGAAGAACGUGUGCAACUCCGCAACUAGCAAUGAACUCCUGUGUUGCUCCCUCUUCUUUUUCUGAUCUUCACCUCCUGUCUUCUCCUCCCUUCUGUCAGGCCUCGGAGAAGAGUGGGUCAGUGGGUCAGAGAAAGUCUGGUUGUUGACCCACAUCUUGGCCUGUUUUUGUGCAAUCCCAAUGGACAGUGACACUCCCUUUGACAUAGAAGGGGCAUUUGUUAGACACAUGCAAGCUGUCUGUGGGUGCUACCUACAUCCCGUGGCUCUUUUAGGAACUGGCUUCAGCAUGUGAGACCUGUGCCGUCCUUCAUCCUGGUGACAAGGUGUUCCUUGUAGCAAAGUACGGGAGACAUUUUCAAAGGAAAUUUGUGCCGAUGGCCAUUCUGUUAUCUGUCCAGUGUCGUGCCACGAGUAGUAUUGACUUCCCCUAAGAUACGCUGUACAAUGUGCUUGUGAACUUUGUUUCUCCUCUUCACUGUGAGCUCCGGACUGGCCUGAACUCUUACUGCCAUUCACUUUAUGAAAGAAGCGUGUGUAACAUACCAAAAUGCAUUUAUUCUUGUUAUCUGUAUUUUUCUUUUAAAGACAAUUAUGUAAAGUGGGCACGUAAUUCCUCGUUAGUGGUAUUGUGUUUUGUGUAAAUGUGCUAUUGAUAUGACGAAGUUGCGUGUUCCUGAUAUUUACCGACUCCAGUUGCAAGGGAAAAGGCAGCUUGUGAUCUCUUGAAUUAAAAAUACGCGGUGAAGUGUUGUCCAGUCCUAUGACCUUUGAUCGGUAGCAAGAGAAAUUUGGAAAUGGUGUCAGGUUGUGGCAGUGGAGGGAUGAAUGUUUUAAGUACCUUGAGUUUGAUCCCUACAAAGGAGAGUAAACCAUUUAGAUCAGGGGUUCUCAACCUGUGGGUCGUGACCCCUUUGGCAGUUGAACGACUCUUUCACAGGGGUCGCCUAAGAGCA